UUGUUCAGUGAGGAACAUAAACACAAGUUCAGAAGAACACACUGCGGACGGGAGUCAGCUGGGAAAUCCAAAUAGAGAAGGAAAAAAGCUGAGUCUGAAAGUUUGGGCGAAGUGUGGGUAAGGAGAGAGAGAUCUUUCUAGAGGCAGAAACUCCAUGGAGAAAGUUCAAAAGAAAGGAAAGCCCUGUAUGUGUUCAAUGGUGAUUUAUAGUCAGAUGGAGGGAUGGAAGGUAAGUCAUUGGGAACAGGGAGAGGAGGAGGGGCAGACAAAGAGGGAGAGGUGGGGGGAGCAGGAGAAGGGCUGGGAAAGAUACAGAGAAAAGACCAGUUGCCAUUGAGUUGGCUCCAACUCAUGGCAACUCCUUGUGUCAGAGUAAAACUGUGCUCCACAGGGUUUUCGAUUUUUUGGAAGUAGAUCACCAAGCCUUUCUUUCCAGGUGCCCCUGGGAAGACUCAAACCUCCCCCUUUUUGGUUACUGGUUGAGCACAUUAACAAUUUGCACCACCCAGCAAUUUGAAAGACACAGGAGUGACAUGGAGAGGAAAACAAAAUUAAAGCAUGAACCCUCAGCAGAUGAUACUCCAUAAAUGAUACUGAGAAAAGUCAUUGAAUCGUGCAGUUAGGGCUGUUUAGAAACACCUAAUGCUGAAGAUCAUUCAAAAGCGGCUGCAGCGGUGUAUCCACAGGGAACUGCCAGAAAUUCAAGCCGGAUUCAGAAGAGGAUGCAGAACCAGGGAUAUCAUGGCUGAGGUCAGAUGGAUCCUGGCUGAAAGCAGAGAAUACUAGAAGGAUGUUUACCUGUGUUUUAUUGACUAUGCAAAGGUAUUCGACUGUGUGGAUCAUAACAAAUUAUGGAUAACAUUGCAGAGAAUGGGAAUUCCAGAACACUUAAUUGUGCUCAUGAGGAACCUGUACAUAAAUCGAGGCAGUCGUUCAGACAGAAAAGGGGAUACUAUAUGGUUUAAAGUCAGGAAAGGUGUGUGUCAGGGUUGUAUCCUUUCGCCAUGCCUAUUCAAUCUGUAUGCUGAGCAAAUAAUCCGAGAAGCUGGACUAUACGAAGAACAGGGCAUCAGGAUUGGAGGUAGGCUCAUUAACAACCUGCGUUAUGCAGAUGACACAACCUUGCUUGCUGAAAGUAAACAGGACUUGAAGCACUUACUAAUGAAGAUCAAAGACCACAGCCUUCAGUACGGAUUACAUUUCAACAUGAAGCAACCAAAAAUUCUGACGACUGGACCAAUAAAAAACAUCAUGAUAAAUAGAGAAAAGGUUGAAAUUGUUGAGGACUUCAUUUUACUUGGAUCCACAAUCAACGCCCAUGGAAGCAGCAGCCAAGAAAUCAAAAGACGCAUCGCAUUGGGCAAAUCUGUUGCAAAAGACCUUUUUAAAGUGUUGAAGAGUAAAGAUGUUACCUUGAAGACUAAGGAGUGCCUGACCCAAGCCAUCGUGUUUUCAAUCGCCUCAUAUGCAUGAAAAAGGUAGACUACGAAUAAGGAAGACCGAAGAAAAACCGAAAGCUUUGAGUUAUGGUGUUGGCAAAGAAUAUUAAAUAUACCACGGACAGAUUUGAAUGAACAAAUCUGUCUUGGAAGAAGUACAACCAGAAUGCUCCUUAGAGGCAAGGAUGGCGAGACUAUGUCUCACAUACUUUGGACAUGUUGUCAGGAGGGAUCAGUCCCUGGAGAAGAACAUCAUGCUUGGUAAAGUAGAGGUUUCAGCAACAAAGAGGAAGACACUCUAUGAGAUGGACUGACACAGCGGCUGCAACAAUGGGCUCAAGCAUAACAAUGUAAGGAUAGCGCAGGAUCAGGCAGUGUUUCAUUCUGUUAUACGUAGGGUCGCUAUGAGUUGGCACCUAACAACAACAACAAUAACACGUGUGAACUCUCAUUAUUGGAUGCCAGUUGUCUCUCUGAUCUCCAGCUCCGGGGCUCUCUCCAAGCCACAGCAACUGGGAGGCAGAGACCUGACCCAGGCAGUGACUACUAGGAGCCCCUGGUUUCACGGAAUCUUGUAGUGUGAGAACUUGACAAGGUCUGCGUCAGCCACGUACCCAGCUCAGGGCUCUUAAAAAUAAUUGUUUCAUGCUCAUAAAGGCACCUUUUCAGAUGCAGAAGCCAGGAAGAAGAAUUUCCUCUAUUUCUAGCUGAAUACUUAUUGCCAUCAAGUCAAUUCCAACUCGUAGCGACCCGCUAGGACAGAGUAGAACCACCCCAUAGGGUUUCCACGGCUGUAAUCUUUAUGCAAGCAAGACCCACAUCUUUCCCCCUCGGAGCCACUGGUGAGUUCAAACCACUGACCUUUCAAGUGCUUAACUGUUGUGCCACCAGAGCUCCCUUCUUGCUGGAUAGAGGGACCCAAAUGGGGAUUGUCAGGGACAAACCAACCCUGAUUGAGUGGGGCAGACAUCAAAUUGUUGGCAUUUUUUCCACACGUCAGGCAGGCAUGGUGCUUUACGUACAUCAUCGCCACACCUCAUCCCAAUGCUAUAAAGGAAGUAACCUUACCCCAUUUUGACAGAGAGGCAUCUGAGGUUCAGAGAGGGCAACAUAUCUAAGGUCACACAGCUAGUAAAGGACAAAGCUGGGGUGUCAGGAUUCAAACUCAGGCCCGACACCAAAACCCACAGGCUUUGUACUCUUGGGCACGCCAUAAUGCAAGGUUGUAUUUUGCGAGGGACCAGCACUUAAGGUGUGGCCUUACAGGGACAAAGAGAGAGGCCACGGAGGGAAGGUGAGGAGGAGGUGUUCUACCAAGAAGGCCUGAGACUCAGCCCCUGACCAGGACCAGUGAGGCAGACGGCUGCACAUGGGUGCCAUGUGGAGGCGGAGCAGGAUUGGGUCAAUAAACGCACAUUGACAGUUAAUUGGUUAAUUAGAGCAAACAAUGGGCGGAAGUUGGAAAUAUUGGAGGGCACUAGAGUGGUCAAGGAAACCCUGGUGGUGUAGUGUUUAAGAGCUAAGGCUGCUAACCAAAAGGCCAGCAGUUCAAAUCCACCAGGCGCUUCUUGGAAACCCUGUGGGGCAAUUCUACUCUGUCCUAUAGGGUCGCUAUGAGUUGGCACCAACUUGAUUAAAAAAAAAAAAAAAAUAGCAAUGAGUUUUUUCUAGAGUGGUCAAAAGUACAAACUUUGAUGUUUAACUUUGGGCGAGUUAUUUAAACUCUCUGAGCCUCAGUUUCAUCAUCUUCAAAAUAGGCAUGGUGUUUACCUCAGAGGAUUUCUGUGAGGCUGAAAUGAAUAAUGUGUGUAAAGUGCUUAGCCCAGUGCCUGCACACAGAGUGACUGCUCAACCAUUUGUAGCAAUUAUACUCAUUACCUUACUAUCUGUCAUGUUACUGUGAAGAAUUGUAGUCCUUUUGCAUUAGCAGCUCAUGGAGACACUAAUGUGGUUCACUUUAUUCCCAGACCAGGCUGUCAGACGGGUGUGACUCAGUUUUCUUCUUCAAAGUAACCCUAAGAGUUUAUUUUCUCUUAUUUUACCAAGAAAAAAAACUUUGCCCAAACCCCAAAACUCUAACCAUGAGCCUGGGGCCUUUGGUUUCUCUCCCAGGACCCGGAGGCACAUCCGUACAUCACAGGGGGCCACCUGGAGGACCGGCUUCCCGGAGCUCAGAGCUGGUCCCUCCCUAGAGGACCAGGAUGCCUGUGGUCUGGCGAGUGUCCAGGGGGUGGAGCCAGAGAGGACCCGGGCCGCCUUGUGAAGACAGACCAGGACUAUCAGAGCGUCCAGGCAGCGGCCGGACAAGGCUUUACUUGGGGAUUUUUCUUUAAUUCUGUGCUCAUAGACGUGUACUGAGUUAGUUAUAUUCUUGCCAUAAGAGAAGAAGCCACAAAGGUGAAAUUUAAGCAGACAGGGGAAGGAAGGGAUUUUUUUACCUCAGCUAUAAAUUCCCCUGCUGUAGGAAUGCCUCCUGACUUUUAAAAGGCAGCAGAGUUGUGUUCUGAGAUUCUCACCUGCAAAGAGAGACGUUCCAAGGGAACAUUUGUAUGUUUGCUUUCUCCUCAUUGGGGAAAAGGGCAGGCUGGCUUACAGAAAGCAAGUUGUGUACAUCUCCCCCUCCCCACCUUCCCUCCACGCCCCUGGGGAUCUGACUGGAUUCUGACACCUGUGAAGAAGCUGUUAUCAAGCUAGGAGAAAAUUCCAGCCCAGGAGCAAGGCCUUCUCUCCAGGAUCCACUCUGCUGCAAACUGCCCCGAGUUUUACAGUUUAAGUGAGGUUAUGUUCACCCUUUCCAGCUGUAAAUCUUUCCAAAAAUAGUUGACGGUGAGGGUAGGAGCUAAAGGAAACAGCGGGGAGAAGAAAAGAUGGACUCAAGUAGGACUAUCGCUGGGCAAAGACCCCAGGACGCCGUGGACAUGAUGGAGAAGGGGUUGGCACCGUGUCAAGAAGAGAGAGAGACAUCAGGUACAGGAACCUAGGGACCAGUUCACCGGCAUUGCUUUGGCUCUGGUGCCCAAAGUGGGAGGGGAAAGCCAUCCAUGGAUAUGCAGAGUGGGGUUCCAGUAUAAAACGGUUGGUGCCUCCCACCCAGCACUAUCUCCUCCUGAACACUCUUCCUUUUCAUAGCGCCCAGCAAGGCUUUAUCAGCCCUGCCUUCUGACACCGGGAAGCCAGGUGGAGCGAGCCAGAGGAAGAGAAAGCCAUGGAAGACGGCUCCACUAUUGUUAAACUGGACCGGGGUGAAAACCAGGUUUCCCCACGUGGAGGGAGAAGAUACUUUCCCAAGGCACUUGGCUACAUCACUGGCAAUAUGAAAGAAUUUGCUGACUGGCUAAAAGACAAGCCUGUGGUGCUUCAGUUCAUUGACUGGAUUCUUCGGGGUAUGUCCCAAGUGGUGUUUGUCAGCAACCCCAUCAGUGGAAUCCUGAUUCUGGUGGGACUUCUUGUCCAGAACCCCUGGUGGGCUCUCAAUGGCUGUGUGGGAACCGUGAUCUCCACUCUGACGGCCCUGCUGCUCAGUCAAGACAGAUCAGCAAUAGCCGCGGGGCUCCAGGGAUACAAUGCCACCCUGGUGGGAAUACUCAUGGCUGUCUUUUCAGACAAAGGAAACUAUUUCUGGUGGCUAUUAUUCCCCGUAUGUGCUAUGUCCAUGACUUGCCCAAUCUUCUCAAGUGCAUUGAGCUCUGUGUUCUGCAGAUGGGACCUCCCCGUCUUCACCCUGCCUUUCAACAUGGCAAUAUCAAUGUACCUGGCAGCCACAGGACAUUACAAUCCUUUCUUUCCAAGCAAAUUGAUCACACCUGUAACUUCAGUUCCCAAUGUCACCUGGCCUGACCUUAGUGCCCUGAAGUUAUUAAAAUCUGUGCCCGUGGGUGUGGGUCAGAUAUAUGGCUGUGACAACCCAUGGACAGGGAGCAUUUUCCUGUGUGCCAUUCUGCUCUCCUCUCCGCUCAUGUGUCUGCACGCUGCAAUCGGAUCGCUGCUGGGGAUAGCAGCAGGGCUCAGCCUUUCGGCUCCAUUUGAGAACAUCUACUUUGGACUCUGGGGUUUCAACAGCUCUCUGGCCUGCAUUGCAAUAGGAGGAAUGUUCAUGGCGCUCACUUGGCAAACCCACCUCCUGGCUCUUGCCUGUGCCCUGUUCACUGCCUACCUUGGAAUCAGCAUGUCACAAGUGAUGGCUGUGGUUGGACUGCCAACUUGUACCUGGCCCUUUUGUUUGGCCACACCACUGUUCCUGUUGGUGACCACAAAAAACCCCAACAUCUACAGGAUGCCCCUCAGCAAAGUCAGUUAUCCUGAAGAAAACCGCAUCUUCUACCUGCAAGCCAAGAGAAAGAUGGUUGAAAGCCCUUUAUGAGAGCCACACCCAUCCGGAGCCAUGAUCACGAGUCAUUUCUGACUGGCUGCCUCAGUUGACUUCUUGCUUCCUCUAAUAACAAUUUCAUAGUAACCCGUUGGCCAUCUGUUCUUGUGCUCAUUUUUCUUUUAGACCCCAGGGGACACCCCCAAGCAUAUAAGAGACACCUGUACUGAUGUGCUCUGGCUAUGGAAUUUUAAACCCCAGGGGGUGAUUGGAGCUAAGACUGUAAUCUAUUUAUAAAGUCAAAAGGCACCAACAGAGAACAAGUGAGACUGGAGCUAAUUUUUGAUAUUUAUUGAUAGUCUUGGUGUUUGAUCGGCUGGAUGAUGUUAACAGUAUUAAAAAUUAAGCUCUAUAAACCAGCUAAGCCUUAAAUGAAUGGAAUUUAGGGGCACAAAAUCAAAGUCAACAGAGAACUUUCAAAUUAGAAGUUUGUUUGUUUGUUUUUUUGUUUCAAUCAAUACAAGUUACACAUUACACCUGUGGUCAACAUCUCAAGAGCAUGGGCGAUGCCUGUUCCUCAGUUCUUCCACAGCCUCAACACUGUCCACUGUGUGUGGGACAUUCUCUGACUCAGGAGAUAGUUGGGUUUUUUCAGGUGGACAGAGCUGCAGAAGGGGGAAAGAGAUUUUGUCAGUCAAAACUGUUCUGUAAUUGCCAUUUUUCAGGAUAUUGCCAAGAAUUUUUAAAUGAAGCUUUUUUUCUUUUUCUUUUCCUUUUCUUCUUUCUUUUCCUCUUCCUUUUUCUUAUGAGAAUGGAGUUGUUUUUGAUAAAAUAAGAGAAGUUCCUGACUUACCAGCUUUUAGAUAUUAAAGAAAGUUUGCGUAUUUCAAAAAUACUCAGCAUGGCAACAAAGGCAUAAAACUGAGUCAUCAAAAUCCAUUGGCCUUUUUUAUUUUUUAUGUUUCUUUUUUAAAAUUUUUUAUUGUGGUAAAAUAUAUGUAACAAAGCAUUUGCCAUUUCAACCAUUUUAACAUGUAUAAUUCAAUAACAUUAACUACAGUCACUGUGUUGUAGCCACUGGUCCUUUUUCAGUUCAUUUGUGAAUGUCUUAUAAGUUAUAAAGUCUGAAGGUUAAGAUUAUAUUGCUUAUGGGUGUUUAUUCCUUAAAAGAAAAAAAAUCAUUAUUUUCUACACAAUAUUCUCUCUCAGAAACCAAUGAUAUUUGAAUCACCAAUAAAGGAUAAAAAAAAAUUUUUUUGAAUUCUCCAGACCUUUUUAUUAUUAUUAUUAUUAUUAUUUUAAAAUUAUCAACUGUACAAGGAGCCCUGGUGGCACAGUGGUUAAACACUCAGCUGCUAACCAAAAGGUUGGUGGUUCGAACCCUACAGCCAAUCCACAUUAGAAAGAUGCGACAGUCUGCUUCCAAAAAGAUUACAGCCUUGGAAACCCUAUGUUGUACUCUGGCCUUAUAGGGUCACUAUGGUUUGGAAUUGACUCAACGGCAACGGGGUUUUUACAGGUUUUACCAACUCUACCAGAAUUUUAUUACCAAACAUACUGAAGAUGGUGGUGGAAUGUUAUACUUAUUACCUUCAAUAAUUUGGAGGAUUGGAGACCUGAAACAUUGGGCUCUUGAAGGUUUUUUCCUCUUUGGUUUGCAGCACUCGGUGCCAGGUACACAGUUUGCUGGGCAAAUAAACAGAAGCCGAGAAGUACACCUAUAAAUAUUUUAGGGAGAGGUUCACGUCUUCUAUUUCUCAGGAAAAACAAACAUUGUUCCAAUUUAUAAGCCCUGUGACCAAAGCCUUUUUGCAACUUAUGGAUAUUCCUGUGGAAAAUGUAGACUUGCAGUGUUUGAACUGAAGUCUCCCCAUUGGGAAACUGAUGAAAUGAGAGUUGGAGGAAAUAAAAAAGCAAGUACAACCAAAGACAACCAGGAGUGAGGAAUCUGUGCUGUGGUGGUGUGAAGCAGAGUGUCCCACAGUCCGUCCUCAGAAAGAAAUUCUAGCACCUUCUCAGGGUGUGCUCACACAAAUGUAUAAAUGGGAACAUUAUAAAUCUUUGUACAUGUGCAAUUUAAAUGGUAUUAGUUUUCUCAAGCUAUUUUUUUACUAAGCAUUAUCCUAACAUUAAGUAUUGUAUCAGUUUUCUUAGAGAGCACUUGUAUUUUUCCUGCGGUCUAUAUAACAUCUAUGUAAGUAUACCAAUAAAUUAUACUCACAGCACAGUUUCCUGUAAAUUUUGUUUAAAAGUCACAUGUGCCUGCUUCAGUUAGCGUGAUCGUUGGCAAUCACAUGCAUAAGUAUGUGCUGCUUAUGCCUUUUUAACAAUUGGUAAUGGCACCAGAUGUACCCUUGAGCAAAAACCAGUUGCCAUCAAGUUGAUUUCAAUUCAUGGUGACCCCAUGUGUAUCAGAGUAGAAUUGGCUCAGUAGGGUUUUCAAUAGCUGAUAUUUUUCAGAAGGAGAUUGCCAGGCCUUUCUUCUGAGGAGACUCUGGGUGAAAUCCAACCUCUAGCCUUUUGGUUAGCAGGCAAGCGUGUUAACCAUUUGCACCACUCAGAGAUGCAUCCUUGAGCAAACCUUGUUCAAUUUUAGAUUUAUG